UCACCUCCGGGUCGCGUCCCUUCCUUUUCCUCCAGGGGAGGAGGAUGGGGUUGCAAACGCUUCCCCCGAGGAUGCUCGUGUGGCUGGUGGCCUCGGGGAUUGUUUUCUACGGGGAGCUUUGGGUCUGCGCUGGCCUCGAUUAUGAUUACACUUUUGAUGGGAACGAAGAGGAUAAAGCGGAGACGAUAGAUUACAAGGACCCUUGUAAAGCCGCUGUGUUUUGGGGUGAUAUUGCCUUAGAUGAUGAAGACUUAAGUAUCUUUCAAAUUGAUAGGACAAUUGACCUUACACAGAACCCCUUUGGACUUGGACAUACCACAGGUGGAUUUGGAGACCAUGGUAUGUCAAAGAAACGAGGGGCCCUCUACCAGCUUAUAGACAGGAUAAGAAGAAUUGGCUCUGGCCUGGAGCAAAACAGCACAGUUAAAGGAAAAGUACCUCUAAAAUUCUCAGGGCAAAAUGAGAAAAAUCGAGUUCCCAGAGCUGCUACAUCAAGAACCGAAAGAAUAUGGCCUGGAGGUGUUAUUCCUUAUGUUAUAGGAGGCAACUUCACUGGCAGUCAGCGAGCCAUGUUCAAGCAGGCCAUGAGGCACUGGGAAAAGCACACAUGUGUGACUUUUAUUGAAAGAAGUGAUGAAGAGAGUUACAUUGUAUUCACGUAUAGACCUUGUGGAUGCUGCUCCUAUGUAGGUCGGCGGGGAAAUGGACCCCAGGCAAUCUCUAUUGGCAAGAACUGUGAUAAAUUUGGAAUUGUUGUUCAUGAAUUGGGCCAUGUGAUAGGCUUUUGGCAUGAACACACACGACCAGAUCGAGAUAACCAUGUCACUAUCAUAAGAGAAAACAUCCAGCCAGCAUGUGGAGAGACCCUACAAGAAUCCAAUGGCAACCUUUCGUCUCCAGGAUUUCCAAAUGGCUACCCUUCUUAUACUCACUGCAUCUGGAGAGUUUCAGUGACCCCAGGGGAGAAGAUUGUUUUAAAUUUUACCACAAUGGACCUAUACAAAAGCAGUUUGUGCUGGUAUGACUACAUUGAAGUGAGAGAUGGGUACUGGAGGAAAUCACCUCUCCUUGGUAGAUUCUGUGGGGACAAGUUGCCUGAAGUUCUUACCUCUACAGACAGCAGAAUGUGGAUUGAGUUUCGUAGCAGCAGUAACUGGGUGGGAAAAGGCUUUGCAGCUGUCUAUGAAGCGAUCUGUGGAGGUGAGAUACGUAAAAAUGAAGGACAGAUUCAGUCUCCUAAUUAUCCUGAUGACUACAGACCGAUGAAGGAAUGCGUGUGGAAAAUAACAGUGUCAGAAGACUACUUUGUUGGAUUGACCUUUCAGGCCUUUGAGAUUGAAAGACAUGACAACUGUGCCUAUGACUACCUAGAAGUUCGAGAUGGAGCCAGUGAAAAUAGCCCUUUGAUAGGGCGUUUCUGUGGUUAUGAUAAACCUGAAGAUAUCAGAUCUACCUCCAAUACCUUGUGGAUGAAAUUUGUUUCUGAUGGAACUGUGAACAAGGCAGGGUUUGCUGCCAAUUUCUUUAAAGAGGAAGAUGAGUGUGCCAAACCUGACCGGGGAGCCUGUGAGCAGCGAUGUCUGAACACACUGGGCAGUUAUCAGUGUGCGUGUGAGCCUGGCUAUGAGCUGGGACCUGACAAGAGGAGCUGUGAAGCGGCUUGUGGCGGACUUCUUACCAAGCUUAAUGGCACCAUAACCACCCCAGGCUGGCCCAAGGAGUAUCCUCCUAAUAAAAACUGCGUGUGGCAGGUGGUUGCACCAACCCAAUACAGAAUUUCUAUGAAGUUUGAGUUUUUUGAAUUGGAGGGCAAUGAAGUUUGCAAAUACGAUUAUGUGGAGAUUUGGAGUGGUCUUUCCUCUGAGUCUAAGUUGCACGGCAAAUUUUGUGGCGCCGAAGUGCCUGACGUGAUCACAUCUCAGUUCAACAAUAUGAGAAUUGAAUUCAGAUCUGACAAUACUGUAUCCAAGAAGGGCUUCAAGGCACAUUUCUUCUCAGACAAAGACGAAUGCUCUAAGGAUAAUGGUGGGUGUCAACAUGAAUGUGUCAACACAAUGGGAAGCUACAUGUGUCAGUGCCGUAAUGGAUUUGUGCUGCAUGAAAAUAAACAUGACUGCAAGGAAGCUGAGUGUGAACAGAAGAUCCACAGUCCAAGUGGCUUCAUCACCAGCCCCAACUGGCCAGACAAGUACCCAAGCAGGAAGGAAUGCACAUGGGAAAUCAGUACCACUCCUGGCCACCGAAUCAAAUUAGCCUUUGGUGAGUUUGAGAUUGAGCAGCAUCAAGAAUGUGCUUAUGAUCACUUGGAAGUAUUCGAUGGAGAAACAGAAAAAUCACCAAUUCUUGGAAGACUAUGUGGCAACAAGAUACCAGAGCCCCUUGUGGCUACUGGAAAUAAAAUGUUUGUUCGGUUUGUUUCUGAUGCAUCUGUUCAAAGGAAAGGCUUUCAAGCCACACAUUCUACAGAGUGUGGUGGUCGACUGAAAGCAGACCCGAAACCCAGAGAUCUGUACUCGCAUGCGCAGUUUGGUGAUAACAACUACCCGGGACAAGUGGACUGUGAAUGGCUGUUAUUGUCAGAACGGGGCUUUCGACUGGAGCUAUCCUUCCAGAUUUUUGAAGUGGAGGAAGAAGCCGAUUGUGGCUAUGACUAUGUUGAGCUUUUUGACGGUCUCGAUUCAACAGCGGUGGGGCUUGGUCGAUUCUGUGGAUCAGGGCCGCCAGAAGAGAUCUAUUCAAUUGGGGAUGCGGUUUUAAUUCAUUUUCACACUGAUGACACAAUCAACAAGAAAGGAUUUCAUAUAAGAUACAAAAGCAUUAGAUAUCCAGAUACUAUGCAUACCAAAAAAUAACACCAAAACCUCCAUCGAAACAUAAAGGAAUGUGCAUAAUGGAGAGAAGACGUAUUUUUUUUAAAUGAAGAUAUUAGCACAAAUGUUUUAUAUAAUGAGUUUGACCAGAAGAAGACUGUAAGAACAGGAUUAUCUCUGUACUAAAAGAGAAGUUUUCAAGCCAACUCUGAUCAACAUUGCCAAGAUAUUGAAACUCCAUGCUUGAUGGUAUAAAUAUAAAUAAAGCUGGUGAGAAGGCACAUGUAACUUCAAGGAAGACUCCAGAAGAUUUUGUUCACAGCUUGACAGAGAUGCCUUGCCAUUCAGACAGUUCGAUUCAGGGUCUGUGACCUUGCAGAGUGUUUCUUUUUGACAAUUUUUCAAGAUUUGGGAGAAAUCAAAUGAUCUUGCAGGUCAUAAACUGAAAAACCCUCUUCUUGUAUCUUAGGAUGAUUGCUUUGGCUUUGUAUCUUGGAUACAGAUCCAUAUGGGAUGUUGCGAAAUGGGAGUCUUUUGAGGGCGGUUUGUACUUUAAAUGUGGGCGUGUCCGGAAGUUUGGAAACUGGAAUAUUUCAGCUUCAUUAUUUUCACUUGCAGGCCAGAUUCACCUCUUUGAAACACGAAUGAUCUUGAGACCACUUCAUUUUACUGACGUUUUGACAAGUUGGAAAUGCCAAUAGUGUCUAUUAUUGCAGUUAAAAUCUAGGCAUCAUUUAUUUAAGUGCUGGAAAAUGCCCAGUUGAUCAGUAAACUCACGUUCUUUCAGUGAAAGUGCUGCCUUUUCACACCCAAUUUAAGAAGCGUUGUGAUGUCUUGGGAACUUCAUGAGAGAACUCCCAGCAGGUGUGAACAGAAUUCUUCCAAGUGACUGCCUGGAUGGCCCAUUCUCAAGUCACCAGUGCUGCUAUUGUCUUUUCGGUUGUUGAUCUGUUGUAGUUGUUAUUGCUGAUGUUGUUACGGUUAAUGUUGUAUUUAAAAAAAAAAAAUGAAGUGAAGUGGAUGUAGGCUGUGUAGUCAUUGAAAGCUCUCUCUCUCUUCGCCUUCUUCUUCUUCUUUUUUUUUCUCUUCUUGGGAUUCAGUUAAAAAAAUGCAAUGUUGGAAAAAAAGAUUUGUUUCUGAAAGACUUUCUAUGGUGCUAUUCCAUAAACGUUUUUUUUAAACAAAAUUUUUGACCUUUGAGCCAACCACCUGUAGACUAUGAAUGUCUCCCUAUGUCUGGUGGCAUUUGAAGACUAAAGACUUGCUAAGGGUAUCAAGAGUGUAUCAUCGCAAGGGCAGCACUUGUCCUGUGGAACAAUUACUUAUAAUGCCUUAGAAUUCUUGCACAUGAUCAAACAGAUCCUCCUAGAGACACACUUUUUGAAAGGUUGAGCAAAACAACGUAUGUUAAUUAGCAGCUCUGUGAGGAAAAUCCAUUUCCAUGACUGAGAACAUUGGGUAUAAAUAUGGUGACCUGCUUUUGUUGUAGAAAAUGAAUUUUCUGCUUGAAAGCCAUGCGUGUUUUUAAUAUUGUUUAUGUAUAUGUGAGGUUGUCUGAGUGAAUGAAGCUACAAGAAGGUGAAAAGCAGUGGGUGGUGGAAAAGUUACAAUUUAUGUGCCAAGUUCUACUAGAAUCCUGUCUGAAGUACCACCUUUCUUAGGAGGUUUCAUGGACAAAUAAUGGGAACUUCUAAUUAUUAUCCACACCAUUAAAAAAAAGACUUUUUCCUUUACAGAAACUCUAUUUUGAUAUGUUUUAAUGUUGCUGUAGAUUGCUAUAUGAAGUAGAUUUGUUUCUGUUACCUGUCCAUGAACAUUUGACAUUUAGUAAAAUUGGGUAUUUUUCUUUAUUCUUACAAAAUUACACUAUACACACAGGUGUAGUUUAUUCAUUUUUUUGCCAUUGUUGCCCUGAAAAAUAUUUUCUUGCAUAUGAAUUACAAUAUGUAAAUACAUUUUUAAAACCAGUCUUUUGAUCUUACUCAAUGUUACUUUGGGAAUGUGUAACUAUUGCCUGCAAUGUAAUGAGCUUUUUUAGUGGAGCUGAUUUAUUCCAGUAACUUCUUCUAUAUUUUUUCAUUAAUCUUCAAUUAGCCAAAUAUAUCAGCAAUGGGAAAGAGAGGAAAAAAUACCAUUCACACCUAGUGGAUUACGCUAUGCCUCGCCCAGUACGAGGCACAGGGCACUAGCUUUUUUCUAAACUUUAUGCUACCCUUUGAGAAUUGUGGUGAUGUUCUCAUUUUGUAGUUCAGGAAUGGAGGCUCAUAGAAGGUAUGUAAUGUUCCCAGGGUCACCGUGUAAAGUUAGAUGUUGAAACCCAGCUUGUCUGAUAUAAAAAUCUGUGCUUGUUCUACAAAAUGUAGUAGAAUCGAUCUUGACAUAUAUAAAUAGUAGACAUGUUUUUAUGAUGAAACAUUUCCACAUAAAGUAAAUUUUAGGGGUGAAUUACAGUAAACCCUUCAGGAUAAAUAUAUUGUUCUUUUCAGAAACAGCAUGACAAUUCGAAUAUCAACUGUAGAUAUCUUUAAGAACCACAGGUAGUGCUAGAAAUUAAAAACAAACAAACAAACACCUACUCUGUAGUUCAAAGUUAGUAAUCAUGGAUGGACCUUUUGUUAAAAUAAAUACAUUAAAUUAUUUUAUCUGGCGUAGUAGGGGAAAUGUAGUGUUCUACUUUAAGAAAUAUUCUGGAUAUUACAAUUGACAUCUUAUUAGGUCACAACGAGCUGCAAUCAACACAACCGAGAAAUGAAAGUGAAAAGAUAUUUAGAAGGCAUAUAUAGAGAUGUUGCAACUUCAGGUCUUCAAUGUGAACAUUAAUUUUUAUUGUAUCUUAUGUCAGAUAUCAAUUCGCUGCAUAUUAUUUUUAUAUUAAUUCAAUUUUGGCUUAAAUGUGUUGUUAAAUGCAAGUACAAACAGCUUUGUUGUUAUUUUGUUAAUAAUUGUUAGUUACUGUUUUAAACAUUUUAUUAAAUUAAUUUUGUAAAUUAUUUUCAACCCCUACAUCAGUAUACUGGUUGUGCUCUCUAUUUGCCAAAGUUCUAACUCCUAUACAAUCCUGACUAUACACAGAAAAAAACUGCUCCUACUUAAUAUGAUUUUAUUAAAUUAUUUUUCAAGUCAAUUUUGAAUAUUAAUCUACUUUAUUAAUGAGAUCAUGAC